AUGGUGGAUUCUAGCCACCCACCCACAUCAACUUUUCUACAGCACAAAUUCGACAUCCGGACGACUUCUACGGAGAUAGGAUGGUGGAGGCAGUCAACUUGGCUCCAGAAAAUAGACUGCAGAGAUAUGGCAGAUAGUGGUGGAGAAACGACAGAAGAGCUGAAGAUUAGAACAGAGAUGGGAUCUUUCUAUCUUUGCUCCGCCCCGCCAUCAUCAAUGGCAGCUUCAAAGCUCCAACUUUCUUCGAAACCCCUCAUAUUCUCCGUCGGCGGCAGAAGGCCUGAACGCCUCUAUUUUCCGGGGAACGCGUCGUAUUCCCAAAGCAAGGUGGUUUUCCGUUCAUCUCCUCGAGCUGAUGGCUCGGCUGAUUCCAACUCUCCGGCGGGGGACUCCGGCCCAAGCAAUUUUUGCAUUAUUGAAGGACCCGAAACUGUUCAAGAUUUUGUCCAGAUGCAACUGCAGGAAAUCCAGGACAACAUUAGAAGUCGGCGCAAUAGAAUUUUUCUCCUCAUGGAAGAAUUGAGGAGGCUAAGGGUGCAACAACGGAUUAAGAGCAUGGAAGGUAUAGCCGUGAACGAAAAUGAAAUGCCGGAUAUACCCUCGUCUAUUCCUUUUCUGCCUCACGUGACACCCAAGACAUUGAAGCGGCUUUAUUUGACCAGCUUUUCGUUUAUAUCCGGAAUUAUAAUUCUUGGGGGCCUAGUUGCGCCAAUUCUUGAGCUGAAAAUGGGUUUAGGAGGUACAUCGUACGAAGAUUUCAUACGCAACAUGCAUUUGCCUAUGCAGUUGAGUCAGGUGGAUCCUAUCGUGGCCUCAUUUUCGGGUGGGGCCGUGGGGGUUAUUUCGGCAUUAAUGCUCAUAGAGAUUAACAAUGUCGAGCAACAAGAGAAGAAAAGAUGCAAGUACUGCCAUGGAACUGGAUACUUGGCAUGUGCACGUUGUUCGGCUAGUGGCUUGUGCUUGUCGGUUGAGCCUAUAAUAUCAAGUGCCUCUGAUAGCCCUUUGCGUGCCCCAACCACUAAAAGGUGUCCAAAUUGCUCUGGGGCUGGAAAGGUGAUGUGUCCAACGUGCCUUUGCACAGGGAUGAUGAUGGCGAGUGAACACGAUCCUCGAAUAGAGCCAUUCGACUAG